CAGUAAUGAACUCUUCCAACUUCCUAGCAACAGUCGCCAUCUUGUGUUCCGAAAACAAUAUGGCGCCCGAGAAGUAAGAUGAAUUUUUUAGCGAUAAAAACUUGAAUUUUUGCUGCAUUUAUGAAGAUUUGUUGACGAGAGAAGACAAAGAUGCCAGUGAUUGUGCAGCCCCCACAUAUGGUGAACCAUGCCACCAGGAAUGUUACUGUCAUGGAGCCCUCUUCCCCUCACAACAAGAAGCCAAUGAAGAAGAAAAAGCUUCUGAAAGUCAGCAAGGCUGACAAAACCGUGCAGUCCACUUACUACGGGAUCGAGGUGACAGGUAACAUGACCUGGCAGGGGUGGGAGCCGGGUAAGGAGUACACCAAACAGCUGGUCCUGAGGAACUGCAAGGUCAAGAUGGAGAAAAUCAAGUACAGCCUUCCCAGCACCACGUUCUUCCACACCCUGUUCCCCAAGCCUCUGCAGCUGAGCCCAGGCACCAGCUUCUGUCUACCUGUCACCUUCAGGCCGCUGGAGAAGGCUGUGUACGAAGAUGCCAUAGAAUUCUCAACAUCUGAGGGAAAGUUCACUAUCCCUCUGAAGGCCAUUCUGCCCCAGGAGAGCCUGUCUAUGCCAGAGGCGAUCAACCUGGGGACCUGUGCUGCCUAUGAUGCUGUCAACGCCACGUUUGAGCUGAAAAAUUUAAGUGAACUGGAAACACCCUUCAAAUGGAAUGUUGCAUCAGCAUUUACCAUUGAGCCUGCUUCAGGAACCCUGCCCCCACACGGGGCAUGUACUGUCAGAGUCACAUUCAAACCUAUGGGUGCGAUGGUCUAUGAUGCAGUAGCAGUGUGCAACUAUGGUCCAGAAAACGUCUACUUUGGUACAGUCAAGCUGGAGGGCAUUGGCAAAUUUCCACACAUUGUUGUGAAGACAGAAGGGAAAGAUACGCAGACCUUUGGCGCGACUGCAGAAACACUGGUGGACUUUGGCACCGUUCCUGUUGGCAAGGCUGUAGAGAAAUGGGUGGAGCUUCAAAACCUGUCACCUGUCAAAGCGGCCUUCAAGGUGAACCAUCCCGAGGCCAGCUCCCGCAUCGAUACCGUGUUCUCCGUAGGUGUGAAGGAAGGGACCGCGCCUCCCCUCAGCUCCUGUAAAAUCCCUCUCAUCUUCAGGCCUGAGCUGGUGGGGGAGACGUCCAUGGACUACCUGAAUGUUGUGGCCAUCGGCAACAUUAGCAAAGCUGUGAUCAAAUGUGUGGGCAAGGCUAGAGGGCCCAGCGUGUCCAUUGGGUCUCAGGCCCUAGCCUUUGGCUGUGUGGAUUCGGGCGGUAUGGUCACACAGACCUUUAACAUCGUGAACGAGACGGAUCUGCCGGCAUCCUACCAGUUUAUGAUCGACAGCAGAGAGAGUGUGUUCAAGUUUGAGCAUGUAUCAGGAGUUCUUCCUCCACAAGGCCUUCACAAAGUCAUAGUCCACUUCUGUCCAGUCCACCCUAUCAACUACUACAGGAGGGUCUCCUGUCUUGUCCACAAUCAUGAUCCCUUGUAUGUGGACAUGAUUGGCACCUGUCACACUGAACUCGUCAAGCCGGCUGUUCUGCACCUGCACCACCUGGAGCGGUACCAGAAACACGUGGAGCGAGGAUUCUCCAUCUUCCCGCCAGAACUGCUGAAUAACCUGGUGAAGGAGAACAAGCUGCAGCUGGACAAGACUGGAGCACUCAUGCUGAAGGAGGUAACGGUUUUACAGCUAUCAUAUGAAACUGGUGAAGUUGUGCUGAAAGAGGCCGAAGCUGUGGAGCCCUUCACCCACCCACCCUUCCAUCCCUCUCCGAUGACGGAAUUCUUCGACGACGGACACUACAGCGACAUCACGUACUCCGUCCGCCAUGUCAGUUCAGACAUCCACCAGGCCGACUUCGGUCGCUGCACCAACUUCAAGAAGAUCCCGUCGCAAGUCGUCCACCUGACCAAUCACACCAAGGGAAAGAUCACCGUAUAUUGGAUGUGCCGGAACAGCAACAUAUUCUCGGUCACGCCGCAAACGUGCGACAUACCUUCAGAGGGGGCGACGUCUUUCCGCGUGACCUUCGCGCCGGAUGCUGAGGACCAAUUUUUCGGUGCCGAACUGGAAUGCUUCGCCUUCUACAAAAGCAUGAGGGACUUCAAGCUUGUGGAGGACAAAUCUUUCUGCCCGCCGUGGUGCCUUACACUGACGUGCAUCGGCCACACGUUCAAGGUCGGAAAGGAAACGUUCCUCCCACGCUUCACCCUGGAUUCCAAACGGGUCGUCUUUCCCGCUGUGAACCCAAACGAGAGCACCUACCGGACGGCUCUUCUCGCAAACCACAGCGACACUCCCAUUCAGUACGUCUUCAGCCAAGACGAGACAAAGACGUUCACGAUCAAGCCGUCCAAGGGGCUCAUCCCGCCAAAGUCGCACCAGCUGUAUGCCCUGAGGAUGCUCCCAGCUGUGGCAGAUACGUACAAGUACCAGCUACCCUGUAGGAUGAAUGAUAAUGACAAGCACAUGCAUGAGGUCACCUUGGUGGGGUCUGCGGAGUCAGCUGAGGUGUAUCUACCCUCCCAGGGAGAGAUCUUCUUCAAGAGUACGAGCAUCGGCACAACCACCGUCCAGAAGUACUGCCUCAAGAACACCUCAAGGCUGCCGGUCAAGUUUGAGUGGCGUCUCAACAGCGAUGACAGGAAGAGUCUUGCUGUCGAGCCCACCACGGGAACUAUUCUUCCUAGUGAGGAGCAGGAACACACAUGGAUGUUCUCACCUUCAACUGAGACCAAAUAUGUCCUUAAGCCAACCCUCAUUGCCAUGACAACAAGCCCUACAGGUGCCAUCGGGGAGAAGAGGAAAUACCUACUGAGAGUUAUUGGGGAGGGCAGUGCUGGCAACAUACAGGCUGAACAGAAAGAGAUUGACCUCCAAACCGUACUUGUCGGUAGUUCCGUCUCCAAGGAGAUAGUUCUGUACAACGACAACAGCUGCACGCUGCACUACAAACUCAUCGUGUUCCAGACUAUCUCUGGUACCGCUAACGACGAGGCGGCCAACAGGGAUAGGAUAGUACUGGAGUUGGAGAAGGACCGGGGGAUGCUGCCAGCCCGAGCCAAGAACAGGAUCCUGCUGACCAUCCGACCAACCAGACGAGCCACCUACACCUUCCACAUCAUGUACCAGCUGCUCACUCCUGAUGGUCGCAGUGUGAACCCAGUGUUUCCUGACCCAGCGGACUUGUGUGAGGUGGUGGUCCAGGGCGUGUACCCCACUCUGGUUGCCACGGACGCCCGUUGCUAUGGCAGCGGCAUUGGCAUCAGCAAGCGUCAGCUGUGGUCGCUGUUCUCACUGGACAACAUGAACUUGUGCCUGGACUCCGAUCCUGCAGACGAUGAACUCACUUAUGUUCAGCCCACCAGGCACAGUACCAGAUACAGACCCCCUGUGUACACCCGAGCCAUUCUGGACUUCAACUUCAGCGCAGCGCCUGUAGGAAGUGAAGCCUGUGUGGUGGACCUACUGUUGGAAAACACGGGCACCGUCACAUCUGAAUGGGCGUUCCUGUUCCCGACAGACCUGCAGCUGGAGCUGGAGUACUGGGCGGAGACAGGGGAGUUUGAUGAGGAGGAGCUGCACCAGAUGAGGGUCACAGACAACAGACUCUUCUCUGUCAAACCUAAGAAGGGACGGUUAGACCCCGGACAGACACAGACGGUGACUUUCACUUACAGCCAUGACAUGGUGGGUACAGACAGACUGCCUGUGCUGUUUAAGUUGAUGCGAGGGCGGGAGAUCCUGUUGAACUUUGUCGGGGUGACGGUCGACCCGGAGAGGAAAUAUGUCCACUUCCCCAGCAGCAAGCACAUGUUCGCUCCCGUUCCUGUCGGCGCAACGUUCCCGCCAAAACAGGUUUAUGAGCUGUACAAUGGAGGUGCCGUUCCCGUGACCUACCGUCUGGACCUGACCCCGCUUGACCUCCUACAGGGGGAGAACUACAACCAGAAGAUCUUUGAAUGUCUGAACCCCAUAGGGGAUAUUCCUCCAGGCAGGACAGCUGAUAUAGAAUGGGUCUUCUCACCGUUUGAAGCUAAGACAUACAUGGUGGAUGUGCCCAUUCACAUUGUGGGAGGGGACACAGCUCUCAUCACUUUCACAGGAGUGGGGUACGACAGGAGGAUCAUGGGAGAUACCAUGCCCAUCACUGAACAGGCUUCCUUCAGCGGGGUUCCAGGUGUCCAAAGUGUCCCUGUUCCGGGCCAGCUGGUGUUCCUGAACGAGGAGCGGGUGUCGUUUGGAAACAUGCCGCUCUUCAGCCGCAAGCGCACGGUCCUGUUCCUGUACAACCGCUCCACCGACCACGUGGUGUCCUUUGAGUGGCACUACACAUCCGCACUCGCCAGUCAGUGCCUGGGCAUCAGCCCUGCGUCAGGAGUCCUACAGCCACAGGAGAGCCUUCUGUGCAAGGUCGUCUUCACUGCCAAGGGCGUGCCAUCCUUCUAUGAUCUUGACCUCAUCUGUGAGGUCACCGAUGAGACAGAGAUGGCCAAAUACAAGAAGGAACUGAAGCGCUGGGAAGCAGAGAAGGAACGCCAGAAAUACGAGUUCACGAUCACGGAGGACAACAUGACGGCAGACGAGGAGAAAGGGCCGCCAUCUCGCACGACAACGUCAGGCGUGCUGCGGCCAUGUCGGUCGGGGGUAGACCAACCACAGAGGUCUAACUCUGAGGGAGACUUAAAACGAUAUCAGACCCUCCCUCCCAUCAGGAAGUCCACCCCUGACCUGAAGAAGUCGCAGCCAUCUGAUGACAUCUGGGAGCAGCCGCAGCCUCCGCGGGCCUUCCUCCUGCACCUGGGAGCCACAGCUCGCACACAUUCCAUCGAGGAGUUCCAGCAGUACUUCCCUGAGGAGGCCAAGGUCAUGUUCAUAGACAGGACCCUGGGAGAAGAGCUGACAGCUAGCCUGAAGAAGAGGAUGUUCGGUGAGGAGGGAGAGGAGGAGGGACCGGUCGACCUUGGAGAGGUCAGCCAUGAGGAGAAGGACACAAUGUCCCACGUACUGUCCAACAUUCUCAGGGACCUGUUGGAUGAUCCUAACUUCCAGGAAGCAGUGGACAACAUCAAGAACGAGCCCAUUCCCUACUUUUCGCAGUUCAGUGAGAAACCGCUAGGGGAGCCGUCGUUGCCCCAGUCUCCCGACUACGGACAGGAGGAGGGGGAGGGGGUGUCCCCCUUGGAGGAGCCUCCCGUUGCUGUGUCUCCAGACGUCGAACCUGAGCUACAAGGACUGUCUCCUGAGCCCUCGUACGAGGUUCCCACCCCCGCUGCUGAGCAGAGCCCGGAGCGGAUAGAUGCGCUGGGAGUGGAGGAGACCAUGGAGCUGGAGGCCAAGCUGGAGCAGCAACAGGCUCUCAAGAGGACUCCCGAGUUUGCCAGCCUGCUGGAAGAUGUAAUUGAGAACACCAUGGCUAACAUCAUGAUGGAGGCAAGUCGUGGCGAGGUCAACCUGACGGCACGACCGCGUAUCAUCGCCCUCCCGCCAAGCUCCGCCAGCCCGCAAACCCUCAUCAAGACCGGGUUCACCACAACGAUGACGCAGAAAACCGGCCACACGACCAGGACGAAACCGACCACUACCAUACCGCCCAGCACGACGUUCACACAGAAAACGGGCGUGACCACUGUGGUCUCCAGGCAACAACAGAGCAUCAGCACAAGCAGAGACUGAAGUCGUUUGAAGUGAACAGAGUGUAUAAAGUUUCAACAAUGUGCACAAACAUUUUCUCUUUGUUUUCGUGAUUGUAGGCACCGAUUUGCCAAGUUUAUUAUAUAGAGUGUACAGCACAUGUAUCACAUAGCUUGUUGUGCACUUGUAUGCUAUAAUAUAUAACUUCAGGCUCAAUUCUUUAUACAAACACGAGCGAUGUUUUUUCUUAUGAUUAUGAAACCUCAUGAUGUUUCACUCAAAUAUGGUUUGAAUGUGAUUUGGUGUCUAUUGUGCCUUAGCUUUUCUGCAAGCUGUAUAAAGAUGGCAUUUUCUAACCCACGUUAGUGCCUUGAUAAAAGAAGAACUCCUUUCUCGUGAAUUAAGUGCCUUAUAUCUUCUUGUAAAUAUAUAAAGAAAUAUUGAGACUUGGUAUUCAACUAUCCCUUGGAUUUCAUGAAGUUGGAUUGCUAUAUAUACUAGUAGUGAAAAUUAAAAAAAAGGCUCUGUAUUGUACAUGUUGUAGAGAACACAUUUUAAGAUUUGCACACUGAAUUCUUUAGAAGACAUUUGAACAUUACACGUCUGAGGUGUAUUGGUAUAUUUUCUCGUUCGUAGAGAAACACAGUUAUGUAUAUGAGGACAAUGGUUGUAAUUUUCUAUAUCUGAGAAAGAAGAAUCAUUAAAAUGAAUUCUGCACUUUCUA